GAUAAGGCGGCUCGCGGGCGCCGGUUUCCUCUUUCGGCCGCGUUAGUCCACAGACCCGCCGCCAUGGGCCGCGUGAUCCGUGGACAGAGGAAGGGCGCCGGCUCCGUCUUCCGCGCACACGUGAAGCACCGCAAGGGCGCCGCGCGACUGCGCGCCGUGGACUUCGCAGAGCGGCACGGCUACAUCAAGGGCAUCGUGAAGGAUAUCAUCCACGACCCAGGCCGCGGCGCGCCCCUCGCAAAGGUAGUCUUCCGCGAUCCAUACCGAUUUAAGAAGCGGACGGAGCUGUUUAUCGCCGCCGAGGGCAUUCAUACGGGCCAGUUCGUGUACUGUGGCAAGAAAGCCCAGCUCAACAUUGGCAAUGUUCUCCCUGUGGGCACCAUGCCUGAGGGUACGAUCGUGUGCUGCCUGGAAGAGAAGCCUGGGGACCGUGGCAAGCUGGCUCGGGCCUCAGGGAACUAUGCCACUGUUAUCUCCCAUAAUCCGGAGACUAAGAAGACCCGUGUGAAGCUGCCCUCUGGCUCCAAAAAAGUCAUCUCUUCAGCUAACAGAGCGGUUGUUGGUGUGGUGGCUGGAGGUGGCCGAAUUGACAAACCCAUCCUGAAGGCUGGCCGUGCUUACCACAAAUACAAGGCAAAGAGGAACUGCUGGCCACGCGUGCGGGGUGUAGCCAUGAACCCCGUGGAGCAUCCCUUUGGAGGUGGUAACCACCAGCACAUUGGCAAGCCCUCCACCAUCCGCAGAGAUGCCCCUGCUGGCCGAAAAGUGGGUCUCAUUGCUGCCCGCCGGACUGGACGUCUCCGGGGAACCAAGACCGUUCAGGAGAAAGAGAACUAGGGCAGAGGGGCUCAAUAAAGCUUGUCCUCACACCAC